AACCAUUUUAUUUAUCAAAUGCCAACACCACUAAAAUAACCUUAAAAUUUGACAUUUUGGUUUUAAAACAUUUGUUUUUUGUUGACAAUAUUCCUACAAUGUAAAGAACAGCUGAUGUGGACCUAAACAAUAAUUUAUUGAAUUGUGUUUAUCUUAAGAAUAUUAUCGUGUUGCAAGGGAGGCUCUUACUUCAAAAGUGAAAAUUGUAGAUUACUUAUAAAUUAAAAUACGUUAUUAAAUAUUGGAAAUGUUUCAUGAGGCUUUCCUUGCUGGAAUUUGGGGAUCUGCUGGAAGCGCUUUGGGGAAGCUAGCUGGAACUGAAAGUGUAGUAGAUUCGAACAUCGAUACAUCGCUAGCUACGAUUGCACCGGACGUCUUAUCUUUUAGGCCACGACGACUUCUUAACUUUCAGUCACUAAAAAUAGGAGACAGCUAUGCUAUAUCCGGCGUUAUCUUGAUAAUCAUGGUCCUCGUUAACACGUGGAGUAGCAGGCAUUACUUGCGGUCACUGGACGCUGCACCUAACUCGGUCGCACCCACCGUCAUAUCCGCAGCUUCUAGCUACGUUCUAUCGGGUUUUAUAGGAAUCGUGUUAUUCGAAGAGCCAUCAAGUACCCAAUGGUGGGCAGGCGCAAUUCUCAUUAUAAUGGGGUUAACAUUAAUUGCCCGACCGAAGGAUAGAGAUAAAUUCACAUAAGAUUAACUUUGAUUAAAUUUUAUUUGUUUAAUGACUAAGGCAUUCUCUAUCAGUCAACCAAGGGUAGUGUGAGAGUGUACAUGUAUCUGCAUUACGUCAUAGAAAAAAAAUAUAUAAAUUAUUCAACUAUUUGUUAAAAUUUCAAAUCAUUUCACGUGUUCAGCAUAAAUAAAGCAGAACAUCGCCGUAAAUGUAAAAUAUGAAAGAUAUUUAACAUUUAAGGUGAAGUUUUUACAUUUUAUAUUACGUGAGAAGAGAUUUGAGGCUUACAAUAAAACGGCUAUUUUCUAAAAUAUAAUAACUAAAAUACAAGAACUAAGUUUAUUAAAGUACAUUAUAAAAUGUAGUAGAUAUAGAAGAAUUUUAAUUUGAAGUGGUCGUGGCCUAAAGGAUAAGACGUCUAGUGUACUUGUAUCGAGCGAUGCGAUUGUGUGGCGAUCAAAUCCUUUAGGCAGGUUAACAUAUCUAUCACAUGUUCACGAAUGACUUCCAAGAUGAAGACUAACAUUAGGCAACAAAAAUCAAAUUAACCAUAAAUAUAAAAUACGUAAUUAUUCUACUGAAUGCUUGUCCACUCGUGCCUAAGUAAUAAAAAAAAAUGUUAUUUAUAAAUAUUAUGAUUAAAAUAAAAUACAUUCCGUGUUUUUUGUGAUAAGGGAAUGAUGGCCGAAUAUAAAGAAAAAUUAAAUUUUUAGCUAUGGUGCUAAUAAAGUAGCAUAGGAAAAAAAAUAUAAAAUGUUUUGAAAACGCAUAAAAAUGUGUUUCUUUUGUUUUCUUCACGUUUCUUAUAUUAACAUCUGACUAUGAACUUUUUUCUAAUUUUGCAUACAUACAUCAGCAUACUAUUGCAGUUUCUCCGGUCACCGUCCUCGUCGAACCCGUCGACGAAGGGCUCGACGAGCGAAUUAACCCAUAGACACAGCCCACUUGAGUUUCUCGCCGGAUCUUCUCAGUGGGUCGUGUUUCCGAUCCGGUGGUAGAUUCUGCGAAGCACUGCUCUUGCUAGGGCCAGUGUUAGCAAAACUCCGGUUUGAGCCCCGUGAGCUCGCCUACAUGUGAAGGGUGAAGCUGAAAUAGCCUCUAAAGGCUAUCAGCAUAGGUAGGAUAAAAAAAAUAAAAAAAGCAGUUUCUAUUUCGAGAAUAGUUGCCCUACACCCGUUAUAUUGUUAAACAGCGUGUAAUCAUUUAACUUCGUCUUAUUAUCUAGUACACAAUAUUACAACAACACAUACAUUGUUGGGUCGUCAAAUGUUUUGUAAAAUUUCUAUGCAAUUUUAAUCACACAACUAACUAAAUGCUCCUAUAUUUCUCGACACACAGUCCAGAAGAUUUAAAAAAAUGUAAAAUAGACAAUAAAUUUAAAAAAAAAAUUGUUUCAUACAGAAUAUACUACAUAUUUGUAAAUAAAUUACCUGUUUGUAAUAAUUUCAAUAAAUUAAUAUCGCUCCUUGUAAUGAUUUAGAGAAAAAAACAUUAAUCUAAAUCAAUGUGAAUUGUAUUUUAAUAAAUCUUUAAAAACCUUGUGUA